AUGACCGAACAAAAGACCAUCGCCCUCAUCGGCUCCACAGGCUUCCUAGGCCCCUACAUCACCGCCUCUCUCCUCCAAAAACAUCCCGACACCACCAUCCUCUGCCUAAACCGUAGCAAAGACGCAGAACAACGCACCACCUCGUCUCUCACCCGCAUCAGCAACGAAGACCUCACCCGCCUCACCUUCAUAACAACCGACAUCACACUCCCGCACCUCGGCCUAUCCCCCACCCAAUACACCCACUUCACGAGCAGCGUCUCGGAAAUCGUUUUCAAUGCGUGGAACGCAAAUUGGGCGACGCCUCUCAUUGGCUACUUACCCCUCCUCAAUGCUGUUCAACAUGUUAUCGAGGCAUGUAUCACCAGCCCCCUAAACCCACGCGUGACCUUCGUGUCGUCGAAUACCUCGAUAAUGAAUCAUCCAACUCAGCACCCUUCCACUCCGCUCAUCCCCGAAGUCCCCGCUUGGGACUUCGCCAGCGCAGCGAAUACGGGUUAUGGCCAGAGUAAAUGUCUUGCGGAGCAACUUCUUGCUCACGCAGGGAGGGAACAUGGGUUACGCGUGGCUAUCGUACGCGCAGGCCAGAUCGGCGGUGCAUCAUCCGCCAUAUCCAAUGCGCCGCAGUGGCCAAUCCAGGGCUGGUUAAACUGGGGCACUGGCCCGUGA